CCCAGAACGGAGGCAGGACAGAGCCUGUGGUGACCCGCGGCACAGAGGAGCGAAAAGAUGAUCCGCCGGAAGUCCAGCCAAUUCCAGGGACUGAAAAUGCAGUCGGAGCUUGAAAAGCACUGCGAACUGCGUCGGGAACCGGAGAAAAACCUCAGCUCAUUGGAUCAAUCGGCCACGCGGAUGGGAACAGGUGUGCGCACCGAGUCGGGGACCGUGGCCUCGGUGGAUGCGGAUGAAGAUCCUGCAGCCAACUUGCUCCCGCCGCCGCUGCCCCAGCCCCGGAUCUGUAUAUGGAAGUACCUGGACAUCCAUUCCAUGCUCAGGCUGGAGAAGACAGCCAACGUUGAGGAGAUGAGGGAGGUGCUGGCAGAGCUGUUGGGGCUAGGCUCUCCUGAGCAGAGCCUGCGGGACGCCAUCACCCUGGACCUCUUCUCCCAUGCACUCAUCUUCUGCCGCCAGCAAGGCUUCUCCCUGGAGCAGACAUCAACGGCUUGUGCCCUGCUCCAAGAUCUCCACAAGGCCUGUAUUGCAACCCCCUUGGGCAACAUGGAGGAAUGUUACCGCUACUUCACCAGUGUUCUUUUUUGCCAUGGAGUCAGGGUCAGUUUCACUCUCCCUCAGAUAAGGUCUAGCCCAGCCUCCCACCCUCUCUCACACUUAUCACCCUCAUCUUCCGCUGAAGGCCACAGUGGGCUCUUCCUGCUCCUGGAUUGCUGGGCACUUGGAGAAAAGGUGAGGGCUUCAGGAACUGGUCAGUCCUCUAACUCCCAAUCAUCCCCACAGCGGCCCCCCUUCAGUAUCAACCUCUUUAAGGAGGAACAGCUGCUGGCCCUGGCAGAUUAUGUGGUCAACACCUACUUCCGCCACUUCAAGCUCUACAAAUAUGUCUUCACACCCCAGGUACUGGGCCAUGGGCUACAAGAGGCCACCCCUCAUCUCCCCCCUUUCCCUCGGUGCAGAUGUCUUCCUCCUUAUUCCCAGGUGCGGCUGGAUCUAUCUUUGACCUACAUGGGGCUACAGCCACCCAGGCUCUGGCCAGAGGAUGAGAUGGAGAAAGAAGAGCACGAAGAGGUGGAGGAGCAGACAGUUACGCCACAGGAGGAGGAGCCAGAAACAGUGGUCCAGCCAGAGCCAGAGCCAAGUCAGGUCUCCAUCCUCCGAGCCUACAUCAAGACCCAGAUGAACAAGGAGCUGCAGCAGCUCCAACAACUGGUGGAGGAGCGGCUCAAGGCCAGCGAGGAAAGGCUCAGCAGUAAGCUAACUGCACUUGAGCGGCCCCUCCAGCUACCACCAGGCAAAGGCAAGAACAAGACCAAGUGACCCCCAGCAUCUUCCCCAAUAAAGGACUGGGCCAAAGUGGCCCCACCCC